AUGUUAUAUCUAUCAUUAGGAUACAAGAGGAUUUUGAAAUCUGAUGUUAAACAGGGCCUUUUAGAAUAGAUCGUUGAAGGUGCUCGGAAAUCAUCUUUAUCGGGAAUCGUUAAAGAAGAGAAAACACCCUAAAUUUGAUGACGGGCCCCGGGGCACUGCAUCGGCGCUACUGAUUUUCCUGUAAAUCCAUGACGUUCCAAGUAGCAAUACGACUUAUAUAGACAGAUAAAAAACAGCUUCCAUGCUGUAGCUUUAAACCCCAAUCAAAGUAUUUCGAUCACAAUAACACUUUCGUUUCCUGUAAGAAAGGGUUCUUGUGCAAAUUAAUGACAUUUCAAAUGACGAAGCAGCUUUGCUCGAUUGAAGGAAGACUCGACAAAAUCGGUUAAAUACGUAGUGCCCUUUUCAAUUAGGACUGCGAUAAUAAUAUAAAAAUGCACAGUUUUGCGUGCGAUGAGGAGCAAGCAUAUUUUUGCAUUGCGAUAAUUUCAGUGGGUGUUAGAUAAGAUAAGGACCAGCCUUCUUCUAAGGAUGGACAUGAUUUGAGAAAGAUGCAGUUCUUUACAUGGCAAAACAAUAGUGCUUUCUAAAGAUUCUUUUGUAAUGACUGUUAAAAUCUCCCUUGCCCCCCCCCCCCACUUUUCAACCUGCGUCGGAGCCCAAAGGUGCAUUAUCCAGGGAAAGGUUGAGGAAAAAGGAAAAAAAGGAAGGCCACUGACAUCAUGGACAAGCAGUGAUGGCUGAAGCCUGGGAUAAGUAAGGGGGACAAAAGGUGUGUCAGGGACACAAACGACGCUCCAUAAAAACAGACGUUAGUGCUCCAAGACUUAUCUUAGUGUACUAAAGGGUCCUAGAUGCAAUGCAAGCAAUAAGAUAGCCUUGAAUUUUGGCUUUAGAACAUAAAAUAUAAUCACUAAACUUGACAAGGUAAAGUUGCUGACAGGGAAAAACUUGUGUUAAAUUGAUAGAAAAAUAGGAAUGGACUUCACCUUAUUCUGGUGACAGUAGAAAUGUGUUCCUGAGGAUGAAUGUCCCCAACCAUUUUUAAUUAAACUUAUUAAAAUAAUUAAACUUAACUCUUUUGCAAUGCGACUUACACGGUAAAUCAAAUUUUGUGUCAAAACAAAAUCAACAGACUACUUGUUUUUUCUUAUUUAGAUUUGGACCACCUGCAAAAAUUCAAUUGCAUCAAACGUAUCGAGCAUUUGAUUUAAUAAUGGUGACGCAAAAGUAUGAAUAAACAACUCACGUUUUUGCUAUGAAGCGUAAUCCAGUAAACAAAAUCUAAUUCUUUACUUCAACAAAACUGCUUACAACAAUCAUCAAAUAUUAACGAGUUUGCAAGAUCGAAAUAUAAAAAUUUAUGCGAAUGCAUUACUUUAUUCAGACUGACUAUUGAUAAAGUGCUGCUUAGAAAACCUCACUGCAAAUGUGCACCGAGACGUAUCAAUUUGGGCGUGAUAUUUUUCAUUUAGCAUUCAAGGGACCAAUUAGCUUAUAGAAAAUAGCAAGCUAAAACCAACUUAAAAGCACGCAUCGGAAUAGAAGAAUCGUUGACAAAUUGAAAAAUUGCUAAUCAAGAAGAAGAAGUGACAAAUAAACAGUCAGAUAUACAUUGACAUUUCAGUUUGAACUUUGAUCAAAAUUUUAAAAGAAGCAAAUCAGAAUGGAGCGCCCGCUGAUCAACUGCAUGACAAUAUUUCUGGUAUUUCAAAUAUUGUCAAGACAUGGCAACUGCAUGAUAGAAGAAGCAUUGGAUCGCAGCUCAAGAACAAAUAAGAAUGUUAUAACUGACGAUGAAAGCAGGAGUGAGGCAAUGUUCAAGUUUCUUGGAUAUUUCAGCGUUCAUGAAACCAAUUCAUCUACGGAAAAUCACUGCGGAAAAAUCUUGAAGAAGACAGGAAUCGUGAACGUCGAGACAAUGCGAUAUGCUUUAAAUGAAAUCAACAAAAAAAAUUUGUUAUUUGGCAUGAAAGCACGCUACAGAAUCGUUGAUACCUGUCGGAACGUUGCAACUCUUGUGCGUUCGUUUCCUGGCACAUUAAGAACAUAUUACAUGGGGGUUGUGGGGCCAACGACCUCAGAGGAAGGAAGCCUCGUAGCAGUGCUACAUGGUGCAAGAGAGGCUGCAGUUGUAAGCCACUCAGCUAGCAGCGCAAUGUUCGACGACAGAAAGGAUUAUAAAAACUUCUUUAGAACGAUCCCUUCAGAUGUUUUGCAAGUUAAAGCAUUGGUCGACACCAUACUAUUUUUCAACUGGAGUUACGUAUCGAUAGUCCAUUCACAUGGAUUCUAUGGCAAGUGGGGAAGCCACGAGUUCUUGAACAUGGCGUCGGAAAAUAAUAUAUGCAUCGGAAGGGACCAUCCUUUACCGGCAAGACCAAUGGUGUCUGACUACCAGAAAGCUAUCAAUGUCUUAGACAGUGCAGAGGGUGCUAAUGUUGUUGUUUUGAUAACAGGCCUGCACGAUACAAAUGCACUUCUUGAACAGGCAAGGAUUCUCAAUAAAAAACGUUUCACGUGGCUCUCAAGUACUAGCUGGCGUCUUAGUACGAUAAACGCGGGACAGUCUGCGAGAGGAGCUCUGGUGUUAAGGUAUGCCAGCUCAGCAGAUAAAGAAUUUGAACAAUACUUCAUGGGUCUUUCAUUGGAAAGCAACAAAUAUGAAUGGUUUAGGGAAUUUUGGAAAGAAAACUUCAAAUGCAUUGGCAAGAACUGCUCCUGUUCUUCUAACCAGACCUUGCGAGACUGUAAUUUCUCGCUAGGAGACAUUUCUGUGGAGCCAGCUUUAAGCACCAUUCAUACAAUUGCUUGUAGUUUGAGAAAAAGCAUACUGAAACGGUGCCCUAGCUUGAACCUUACUUGCAUAAACAAAAUCAGAAAAUACACCUAUCAUUUUGAAAAGGAUGUUUCUCAAUUCAUCCGUGAUGGAAAUAGUUCUUGUCCGGAAUUUCGCCACUCAGUGAACGUCAAUAAAAUGGGAUACUAUACUCGCGAUUUUGAGGUGAUGAAUUUCGAUGGCUUUAAGUACAAAAAAGUUGCAAGAUGGUCUUUUAACGAGUCUUCCAGAGUAGGGUUUCUUCAGUUACUAAAGGAAAAAGAAAUCGUUUGGGCCAAUAAUUCUUUGCCGCAAUCAUUUUGCACUGUUCCUUGUAAAAAUGGCCAAAAUAUCAUAUGGGCUGACAAUCUCUGUUGUUAUAGUUGCAAAGACUGUGGCUCGGGAGAGAUAGUGGUUGACAACGAAUGCUCUCUAUGUUUGUGGCACCAGAAACCGGAUAGGAAAAACAACUCAUGUGUCAGUAUCCCUACUGCCACUUUAAAGCAAAAAGAGGCGGUACGCUCUGUAACCAUUGUCGCUUCGGUCGUUGGAAUCAUUGCGAAUUCCAUUUUCCUUUGCCUUUUCAUAAGAAACUGGAAAAACCGCAUCAUCAAGGCAUCGAGCAGAGAGCUUUCAUUGACCAUUUUCAUUGCGCUUUACAUAUGUUUUUUGUGUCCUGUCGUGUUCUUGCUGUAUCCAUCCGAACCAGUUUGUCGCUUGCAAAGAUUUAUAGUUGGUGUCAGUCUAACUUCAUGCUACACUCCUGUCAUGCUGAAGACCAAUCGAAUCUUCCGUAUUUUCAAUGCCGCAGAAGUUUUGACAUCAAAACCAACUUUUGUCAGUACCAAAUCCCAAAUCCUGAUCUGCAGUGCACUUAUCUUUUUACAGUUUCUGUUAGGCAUAAUUUGGGUUCUCGGCGAUCCGCCUGAAGUUUUUCAACUCAAAAUUGAGGGUGGUAGUCGAAUUGCCAUAGUCUGCAAAACAGCAUCAUUCAACUUCAUUUUGAAUCUCCUGCCAUGCUUGAUUGUCAUGAGUGUUUGCACCUUCUAUGCGUACAAGACGAGAAGAUUUCCCUCCAAUUUCAAUGAAGCGUUCAACAUCUGUAUAACAAUGUACUUCAACUGCUUUGUCUGGGGGAUCUUCAUAAUCGUUAUUCUAUUUCUUGAGACAAGAGACGAUGAUAUAUUCUUAUACUUUUUUGCUAUCGCCAACUUCACCACAAUAAUCGGCAUUAUAACAUUUCUGGGUAUAUUUGGUCCCAAGAUUUGGAAACUUUAUUGCGCGAAAGAUGUUGUGCCGGUAACUGAGCAUUUCUCACAAUUUCAAAGCAGCAUCGUCGAUAGUCCCCAUCUUCGUACACUGAAUAUCAGUUCUCUUAGCACAAUUGAAGAGGACCGCGAAGACUUUAAUCCCAGAAAAAGGAGAAAAGACGUGGCGACAAACACUUAAAUUACUGUGUUUUGAGUUCAAUAUUUGAGUUCAAGGGUUCUCUAUCUUGCAAAAGAAUUUCAUAUCUAAGUCGAUUCAGAAAGAAACUGACAAAAAUAGGAACUCUGAAAAGAGAGAAAUAGUUGUAAGCAAUGUUGCGUAUUGAGAAGUGAGACUUUAUGGGCUGAAGUGUGAAUAUUGAAAUACUUUUAUUCUGUUUCACUAUUUAGGAAAGGAGUGAAAGAAAAAAUUAAUUUGGUGCGUGAAUGAAGAAGACUGAACAAGUAACAAUAUUUAUAAACCUUUUAAAGUCUACAACAAGGAAGAAACCCAAAAGCUUCGACUCUGGUUAUUUCACAAAGAACAGGAAAGGGAAGCGUGGGUGUAACUGCGAGGAUGUCUUUAUUACAUUACAAUUACAUUGGUCCAUUGGUGUCUGACAACGUGUCAGCCAAAGGAUUAUUGAAAGCUAAAAAAGAAGCGACUUUAUCGUGAACGAAAAUGUUGCGAAAGUAUUUUCAACUCAGCAACCAGGUUAGGGUUGUACUAAUAAUUCAGAGACAAAAACGUAAGGAAACGCUUUAAUUGUGAAUGUUAUUGGCUAAGAUUAUGAGUGAGUGAGCCAUUUACAAUGCAAAAAUCCAUUCUUGAGCACCUAAGAAAGAUACAUUCACGCAGCAUAUUGAAACAAAAACUGAGAUAUAAAAUGGUACUCCUUCUGAACCCACAAAAUCCACCCUGUUAAUGAACAGCGAUUUAAAAACAGAUAACAAAGUAAAUUUUAAGUCCAAGGGAAUUUCCAUAGAUUUGAAUCUUAUUGCACUCUUGUUUCGAAAUUAGUUUCCAUUCUUUAGGCUACGAAAACAAGGAUCAGGGAAAUAUGAUGGGUCAAUGUGGGAGGAUGGCUCAGUGCUUAUGGUCGCCAAAGGUCUGUGUUUCGAAUCUCUGACAUGACCAAACUUUCCCUCAGAGUGAGGAGAGUCGCCAGCUCUCUGUAAUUCCAGGCAUAGGAAUCAUGAGGUGUGGUUACAUUGAAAGAAAGGACCAGGACAAUGCUUGAUAAAGAGAGCUUUUUAGGGUCUUAAAACUACCUUAAAAACCUAGGUAGCAAACAAUACAAGACUUUCACUUUGCGGACAUCACGUUCAAAAUUUAACCUGCAAGAUGGAUUUCACUACAAAAAUCAACAAAUAAAUUAAAACACCAGGUACUGAUCCCGAGCUAAGUUUUUUAUAAAAAAGCGUGUAUGUUAAGUUCAAGAGGUUGUGAAGUGAAGCACAGAUCUAAAACGAUGCGAGGAUGGCACAUUGGUUAGGAUCGCUGACUACAGUACAGACCCAAGGACCCGUGGUUCGAGUCCCUGACAUGACCAAACUUUCCCUCAGAGUGAGGAGAGUCGCCAACUCUCUGUAAUUUCAGGUAUAGGAAUCAUGUGGCGUGGUUACAUCGAGAGGAACGACCAGGACACUGCUCGAUAAGCAUAGCUUCUCAGUGCCCUAAAACUACUUUCGGAAGCUAGAUAGCAAACAAUACAAAAAUGAUGGGUUUUCAAAUCCAUUUGACGGGAUAUCCAAAACCAGAGGGUUACAGAGUGGCAAAAUGCUGACGUCAUAAAAUCUACUUUUAGAUUUCCGCUAAAUACCACAACCACUAUGGAUGAUUAUUUGCAAUUUGCUUGAGAUAUGGCCACAUGAGCACAGGCUCUUGUCCUAUCAAACCACUGUAAUUCUUGCGUGGUAAUCAAACUUAUGUAGUGAUAACAGAUUCAUGGGUGCAGGCACGAUAAUACCUAGAGG